UGACUCAAUCUCUAAGCUCAGUAGCGUUACGUCCGUAGCAGCGACCAGAACUAUAAAAUCGACAAUGCAGUCCUUCCUUAACCUUCUAGUAAUCUGCCUGCUCGCAGCCAUCCCAAGUUGCCUCUCCCAGCAGCGUCCAACGGUCCAGCUCGAGGCGGACCCCUUCGUAUCGCCGGGUAGUGUCGUGAAGAUCCGCUGCAACGUCCAAGGCGUCCCCCGGCCGGUGACCACGUGGAAGGAGAAUGGACAACCCCUGCUGGCCACCGAUCGAAUCGCCUUCGAAGAUCACGGCGAGUUCCACUUGCUGGUGAUUUCCAACGUUCAGCAUACGGACAGUCACCGGAAGUUUGAGUGCCACGCCCGGAACGAGAAUGGCGGAGCUAUGGCCGUGCGGUCGUUUGCCGUUGUUUCGGAUGGGUUGGCGGGUGGCGUUGCCGGCCAAAGUCCGACGGUGGAUCUGCAAGGGCCGACGCACGUCCCUGCCGGUGGAGCCGCCACGCUGCUGUGCAUUGUCCAAGGACAGCCCCGACCGGCGGUCGUUUGGACCGAGAACGGUCUGCCGUUGACGUCCUCUGGAGGCAGAAUACGCAUUGAGGAUGAUGGUGGGAUCAACCAUCGGUUGAUCGUUUCCAGCGCACAGCCAUCGGAUUCGUUCAAGAAGUACGUGUGCCGGGCCUCGAACCGGCACGGAGCGGCGAUGGCCAUGAGGUCGUUCGUUGUACAGGAUAACAACUAUGGAGGUUUGGCAGGGUUUGGGUUUUGAAGUGCAUGUUAAGGUUUAAAGUUGUCAAGCCAAUUUUGAAGAUUUUCUAGAGAAUAAUAAAUUACGAACAAACCCAAAAAGCUGUAACACUUUGUUUUACCCAUUCAGGUGGCUUUUUUCUAAAAAAAAUAUGACAUUGAUUAGUAAAUAAUUGUGAGGAAUCAACAUAUUUUUGAUAAUACGACUGAGAUCUCCACAAUAAUUUAAGUACAUUCGGCCCCAACCAGUUGGAUCGAAUUCAUGUUUGAUUGUCAUUUCAACUUAUUUCAAAAAACUUUUAAACAAUAUAAAAUGAUAAAGCAUUUAAACAAAUUUCAAUGUAGUGUUUGAUUUUUUUGAGUGGUAUCACACCCACUUGUAAAUUUUUAGUUAUUAACUACUUAUCUGCGAUUUAUCAGCUUCAAAAUUAAGGCUUCAACUUAGCCUAACAAGUACACUUUUUUUUACAAAAUUGUAUAAUUUCCUAAAGUGCCUCGAUCAAACUUUUUUUUUCAA